AUGAAGAAUUUACAAGAAAUGUUUUAAGAUUCAGAGGACAACUAUAUUAACCAAUACUGCACACCUGUAAGGAUUUUAGGGUAAGGGGCAUUCUCAGUAGUGGUUGCAGCUUAGAAUUAGUUGUCAAAUAAAUCAGUAGCGAUAAAAAUAAUUGAGAAAUAGAAUUUUGAUGUUUAGCAAUUAGAAGUCUUGAGAAAAGAAGCUCAACUACUUAGUUAAUUACAACAUCAUAAUAUUGUUCGUGCUACAUUUGUAUUUUAAAACAUGAAUAAUAGAAUAAAGAAACAAAGAACAAACUAUAUAUAAUGAUGGAUCUCAU